AUGGAUUGUUCCUCCAUCCUUCACUCAUCAAACUCCUAUUUCUCAUCAGAAUCUUCAUUUGGGUCACCGGAUUCAUUCUCUUUGAACCUCGAGAAUGAUCACUACUACCUUCCCUUCAAUGAAAACGACCCAGAAGAGAUGCUUCUGUAUGGCAUGAUCACAUCCCAACAACAAGAACAACAACAAACAGUUGACACAUGCAGUGUCAAGGAAAAUAAUGUGAGGGAGGAGAAGAAGACCUACAGAGGUGUCCGGCGGCGGCCGUGGGGGAAGUUCGCGGCGGAGAUAAGAGAUUCCACGAGACAUGGCAUAAGGGUGUGGUUGGGGACAUUUGAAAGUGCAGAAGAAGCAGCACUAGCUUAUGAUCAAGCUGCUUUUGCUGUGAGAGGCUCUGCAGCAAUACUCAACUUCCCAGUUGAGAGGGUGAAGGAGUCACUUAGGGAGAUGAAUUAUCAAUCUCAUGAUCAUGAUCGUGAUGAUUGGUGUUCACCUGUUGUGGCUUUGAAGAGAAAACACUCCAUGAGAAGAAAAUUGAGUGCCAAAAAGAAGAAAAACACAGAUGUUAGGAUAGACAAUGUUGUUGUCUUGGAAGAUCUAGGUGCAGAAUAUUUGGAACAAUUAUUGAUGUCCUCUGACAAUGAUAAUCCUAGUACUUGGUGA